AUGUCUACACAGGCUGUACGAAUCCAGCCGGUGCGAAACCCCGUGCUACCUGCUAAGACCACUCCUGAAUUACGAUACUGGAGAGGGUUCAAAAACCCUUUACUUGUCAAAGAAAACAACGCAGUAAACCACUUGCACUUCAAUCCCCAAUCGCCUCAUGAUUUUGCAGUGACUAGUAGUACUAGAGUACAAAUUUUCUCGGCAAAGACUCGACAGGUAGUUCGAACGAUUGCCAGAUUUAAGGAUACUGUCUAUAGCGGUGAAUUCCGAUCCGAUGGAAAACUAUUAGUUGCGGGUGACGCAACUGGUCUCAUUCAAGUUUUUGAUGCCAAUUCCAGAAGUGUUUUAGUCACUCUAUUACCAACACAGCAUUCGACUCAGGUAACAAAAUUUCAUCCCACUGAGCUGUCAACUCUAUUAUCUGCAUCUGAUGACCGUGUGGUGAGACUCUGGGAUCUGACAUCACCCAACCCAGUCGCUUCCUAUGGGGAUCAUACCGAUUACGUCCGUACCGCAUGUUUCAUUCCUCAGUCAAGUCUCAUUGCUACUGGUUGUUACGAUGGACUAGUGAGAAUCUAUGACCGUCGUAUAUCUGCUGAAGAGGGUCCAGUAGCUACACAUGAUCAAGGUGCUCCAGUGGAGAGUGUCUUGGCACUAAAUUCAACAACAUUUUUAUCAGCUGGCGAUCCAACUGUCAAGGUAUGGGAUUUGGCUGCUAGCAAAAAGGUCAAGGAGCUAGGAAACUUCCAAAAGACUGUCACCUGUUUAGCAGAUGCUGGUGAAAGAGGCGUCUUAGCUGGUUCGUUAGAUGGCCAUGUCAAAGUACUCGAUUCAUCUUCGCCAGAUUGGUCCGUCAAAUUCGGUUGGAAAUUUGGCGGUGCCGUUCUUAACACAGGUGUUUCACCUGACCAUAAGCAUUUCGUUACUGGAUUGACCAGUGGUUUAUUAUCUAUUCGAACAAGAAAGACAGAGCCGAAAGUUGCUCAAGGUGUUAAAACAGCCAAAGUCGGUAAUUUUGCUCGUAUGGUCAGAGGUGCGGAAUAUCAUGGUGAGCUGGAGCAUAGAGUCCUUGAUACAAAGUCGGCCCCUAGUCGUAAAUUAAAAGCAUAUGAAAGACAUCUCAAAGCUUUCAGAUGGAGUGAUGCGCUUGAUUCAGCGUUUUCUAAUGACAUGGCUCCAGAAUUGACAACGACCGUUUUAGAAGAGUUAAAAAGACGCGGAAAGGUAAUUGUUUCGCUAUCUGGCAGAGACGAAGACUCGUUGGAACCGAUUUUGAAAUGGAGUGUGAAAGCCGUUCAGGAUACUAGGUCAAUCCCUAUUGUUGCUGAUUGGGUCGGUUGCAUUGUUGACAUGUAUGCCAACCUAAUUGAUCGUUCGCCUGUCUUAGAGAACCUUGUCCUCCAGUUAAGAAAACGUGUUGCAUUAGAGGUUGAGCGAGCCAAAGAAGCCAAGCGGAUUGAUGGCAUGCUCGAGUUAUUAUUGAGUAGGUAG